AUGACAACUAGUAUGGCAGACGAAUUCGGACUAGGUUGGACUGGGUUAUUAAGCAGGAAAAACCUGCAAGAUGUUAAUCAAUUUUUCCAGGAGAACUGUCCGGUCUGCUCGAACUCUCCUUUUCGCCAUUCCUCAAUCCCAACUUCUCAGUCCAUCGGCAGUCACUUCAAUUCAUCGCAACAUUUCAACGCUAAUAGUACUGGUGCAGUGGGCGGAGGAAAUGUGGGGGGUCAGCUUAACUUUUGUCUUCAUGACCAACUGCCCAGUUUGAUCAGCGCUUGCCUAGUCUCGCUCGAAGCGCAGAAUACCUUCCGCAUCUUCCCAGCUGAAGACGUUUCUUUUACAGGCUCUGGUUCUUCUGGCCUAAGCCGUUGUGGAGGUGGUUCGGUUGAUGGUUCAGGAGGUAGUGGUGUUGGCUCUUCAGCGUCUUCCAGUGUAUCAGCUGGUAUCAGUGUAGGAAGCAAUGUCGGAAGCGGUGUUAAUGGUGGCGGCGGUGUGGCUAGUGGUGUUGGGUCUGGGUCUGCAGGUAAUGGACCUGCUGGCAAUUCCGUCGUUAGUGGAGGCGCAGGUGGUCCCGGUGGUUCUGGAGCUGGAGGAGGCAAUGUCGGGGGGAGUAGUGGUAGUGGACCAGACGGAACAGGCGCCUGUGGGGGCCUAGGAAGAUCUGACAGUCGACUUCUAGAUCCCUCAGCUGCAGGACCUCCAGUGCCAGGGGGACCAAAUGGUGCUCCUGAUAAUCCGAGCGUCACUCAUAUUCUAGUUUUUCCCACAAGCACAUCAGCUAGCGCACCCGCUGUGAGUAAAGUGAUAAGUAUUUUUUAA